AUGCUGCUGCGUCGCCCUCAAAAGGGAGUAGCCGCGCUCAAUGCGUUGCGGAAGGCUAGUGCGUCAGCUUCUCCUUCUUCCAGUGCAUGCAUGUGGAUUGCCUCUGCUUCUCGCUCCAUCCACGUCCCUGUUUUCGCCAUGGCUGCAACACAUAUGGGCGGGAGAUCGGUAUUGAACGCGCCACGAAACAAACAUGCGAACAAGCGUUGUCCCCUUCAAGUCCGGGAAGUUCAUGGGCCUAACCCUCUUCCACCUCGUCCAGAAAUCAUUCAUGACAUGGUGCAUUUCAAAGUCACUCCCAACAGACAUUCACUGGGUGUGAAGAAAGUAAGCACGGGAGAGAAGGAUGUCUGGGACAAUCCAUUCCAGCAUUCCGUGUGGUCCGAGGAGGAGAUCUACGCUGUUCAGAAAACCCACGUGGAUCCGAAAGACACGGCAGAUUCGAUCGCGUAUCGUGCUGUUCAAACGGCUAGAUGGAUGUUUGAUACACUGUCUGGCUAUAAAAUCGGACAAUUGACUGAAUCGAAGGUCAUCAAUCGUGCAAUCUUCCUUGAAACAGUGGCUGGAGUACCUGGGAUGGUAGGAGGGAUGCUUCGCCAUCUGAGGUCUCUGAGGACAAUGACUCGCGAUCAUGGCUGGAUUCACACACUGCUGGAGGAAGCUGAGAACGAGCGGAUGCACCUGCUUACCUUUGUCACUAUCAAGAAGCCUGGCCCGAUUUUCCGAUGGGCUGUUCUUGGAACACAAGGAGUCUUCAUGAACUUAUUCUUCGUCACGUACCUGAUCUAUCCCAAGAUUUGCCAUAGAUUCGUCGGAUACCUCGAAGAAGAAGCUGUUAAGACGUACACAGAUAUUCUCAAUGCCAUUGAUGAUGGGAGGCUUUCGUCAUUCCGAAAUGCUCGUGCGCCACAAAUAGCGAUUGACUAUUGGCACAUGAAACCCGAUGCUACCAUGCGAGAUUUGUUCCUUGUGGUCAGAGCUGAUGAGGCAAACCAUCGAGAUGUGAAUCACAUGUUUGCAAGCCUCGGACUGCACGAAACCAAUCCACUUGUGAAGAAAUCAUCUGCUAAGAAACGAGAAUUGGUGGACCGUAAGCAAGAGCACAAACAAUUCGUCAAAGAAGUCUUGCUGAACUGGAACAAGAGUGGAACUGGGUCGUUGAGCUACGACGAGCUUCGCCAGUGGUUGUCAUCUAUCUCCAAAGGACGAGAUGUCUCUGACCAUGAGGUCAAGUGGGUAAUGUCUAUGGCUGCUGCUAGCAAGAAACAAGAUUACACGCUCCUGUCGCUUGAACCGGAAUAUUUCACUACUGCAGCCGAGGCAUGGCUCUCAGAUGUGAUUGAUGAAGUUUUCGAGAAGCACGAUGUGGACAAGGAUGGUUCACUCAACCGGGAUCAACUCAAGACGCUUUUGAUGGAGCUGAAUGACAACAUCAUGCCGACAGACGAAGAGGUAAAGUGGGUCUUGGAUCAUGCUGAUGUCAUUGGAGAUGGUGUCAUCGACAAGCCUGAGCUGAUGAAAGCUAUUUCUCUGUGGUAUGUUCAUAUUGCUUCAGAUGAAGCAGGUGAUGAGCAACGCGCUACCUCUGCCAUUGGAUACGGCUCAUAA